GUACCGUGUCGCGGCGCCGGGCGGCUGGCGCGUCCUUUGCGCAUUGACUGGAAGGCGACCGCUGGAGCCGCACGUAUCGAAGUCCGCGUUUGCGUGUUUAUCAGUGCAUUGUUUAGUUGACUGUGCGUAGUUGCUCGAUAGCGGAGCGCCCCACUGGGCUGAUCGCCAGCAUGGACGCGCUCUUGGCAGCGCUCGUCGCUCUCAUGGCAUUAGCCGCCGCGAUGGCCGCCGUGCUGAGCACGCUCUCUAAGGCGGCGAUAUUCGCGAUCCUCGCGAUAGCGCCCUGCGUGUACCGUUACAGGAAAUGGAUUUAUGUGAUCGUGAAAACCCUGCCGCGGGACACCAAAUUUCUGUGGCGGUAUGCAAACGGCAUGAUUCGCUCCAAACGCUGGGGCCGACAGAAUGCUACGGUGGCAGACCUGUUCACGAAGCGAGCGCUGAGGUACCCUGACGCACCCUGCUUUAUCAUGGUCGGUGAUAAGACUUGGACCUUCCAAGAGGUUGCUGACUUCUCUAACCAAAUAGCGAGGGUGAUGCAAGAACAAGUGGGCUUGAAGCGCGGUGACGUGGUGUGCGUAUUCAUGCCCAACUGCGCCGAGUACAUCGGUACGUGGCUGGGGAUGGCCAAGCUUGGUGCUGUGUCAGCGCUCAUCAACAGCAACCUUCGUCACAAGCCGCUCUUGCAUUGCAUACAAGUGGCGAAAGCUAAGGCGAUCGUUUAUUCUGACUCACUAGCUGAUGCCGUGGCAGAGUUAAAGGACCAGCUACCUCCAGAGCUGAAACACUUCCAGCUGUACGGCAACAGUGCGACCGGCGCCAUCGACUUGCGCGCCGAGAUGUACAAGCAGCCGCCGGAGUACCCCGUCGUGACAGACAAGCCCCAGUACAAAGACACGCUGCUGUACAUCUACACAUCAGGCACCACUGGAAUGCCUAAAGCUGCCGUACUGCCCAAUUCAAAAUACUUGCUGAUAGUGGUGGCGACGGUCCACAUGCUGGGCCUGCGCUCGACCGACGUGCUGUACAACCCGCUGCCGCUGUACCACACGGCGGGCGGGCUGGUGGGCACGGGCGCCGCGCUGGUCGACGGCAUACCCUCCGUGCUGCGGUCCAAGUUCUCCGUCACCAACUACUGGACCGACUGCAUCAAAUACAACUGUACGGUAGCACAAUACAUCGGCGAGAUGUGCCGCUACCUGGUGUCGGUGGCGCCGCGCCCCACCGACUCACAGCACCGCGUGCGCAUCCUCGUCGGCAACGGCAUGCGCCCGCACAUCUGGCAACAGAUUGUUGACAGGUUUAAAGUGCCGCAAAUAAAUGAAAUAUACGGCGCGACGGAGGGAAACGCAAACAUAAUAAACGUGGACAACACGGUGGGAGCAGUGGGCUUUCUUCCCAAGCUGGUGCCCACCUGCCUCCACCCCAUCGCGCUGGUGCGAGCCGAUGACAGCGGCGAACUGGUGCGCGGGCCCGACGGGCUCUGUAUACGGUGCAAGCCCAACGAGCCCGGCAUGUUCAUCGGACUCAUCGCACAGGGCAACGCGUCCAGGGAGUACUACGGAUAUGUUGACAAGAGCGACAGCAACAAGAAGCUAGUCCGCGACGUGUUUCGCGCGGGCGACGCUGCGUUCGUGAGCGGCGACAUUCUAGUCGCAGACGAGUUCGGCUACCUGUACUUCCGCGAUCGCACCGGCGACACGUACAAGUGGAAGGGCGAGAAUGUCGCCACCGCUGAGGUGGAGGACGCCAUCCGAGCCGCGCUCAGCCAGCCCGCUGUCGUCGUGUACGGCGUCUCCGUGCCGCAGACGGAAGGCCGCGUAGGCAUGGCGGCGGUGACGGUGCCAGCAGAUAAGCUCGACCUGAAGGCGCUCGCCCGCGCGCUCGACCACUCGCUGCCGUCGUACGCGCGCCCGCUGUUUCUGCGCCUCAUGUCGGACAUCGAGAUCACAAGUACAUUCAAAUUAAAGAAACGACAAUACCAGAAGGAGGGCUUCGAUCCUGACGUCAUCAAGGAGCCUCUGUACUUCAGAUCGGGAGACGACUUCACGCCGCUCACUACACAGCUUUUCACCGAUAUUUGCAAUGGUCGCAUUAAGCUAUAGACUAUUUCCACAGUACAAUACAAUUAUCAUCAUUAAUUAUCUUUAUUUGUCGAGAAGAAAGUGAUAGUAAUAAAUAUCCGGAUGUAUUGUAAUUAAGCUUCUCCAUGAUGUUAUUUAGCGCUCUGUAACGUUGGAGGAAGUUAGGAGAAGAAUAAAAGACCAAAGAGAUGCAUACCUAAGAAUAUUCAAAUCAUUGUACGUAUUUGCGAUGGGCCGUUAGUGUGUUUGAGGUCAUAUAUAAUUUAGAAGAAAUUGUCGUCAGUAUUUUUUGUUUUGAUCUGAAUAUUACAAGUUAGGUUGUACGUAUUACAGUGUGGGCUGAUGUAAGAACACAAAGUGGUCUGAAUCAGGAAUUCAGUCCCGAACUUUUUCUGGUGCGCCUUAGUUUUAAUAACCUAUGGCCAAUGUUAAAGUCGAUGUAUAACCUCGGCCAUACUUGUAUGUAACAGAACAAAUAUUAUAAAUGCGUAUUGGAAUAUAUUGCAUGGUAUGGAAUGGUAUGGAAUGCAGUCUGAGUUCUGAUAAAAUCCAAUGGGGGGGUGAUAGCUUGUCCAGUACUUGGUAUUCUGCCCUAGCUAUGAAAUUAUGACUUCAGUAUAAUAACUAUAUCAUCUUAAGGGCUGUGGCGAAUUUAUUGGAUUGUCAUCCAAUGAAUUGGUGAUGAUUUUGACGUGACGAUUUUUUUCUCGUGUGUCCCACAGUAAAAUCGUGACGUUGUAAUUUUGGGUCGUCGGCCAGUGGCAAAAGGCCCCAACACCCUAUGGUUUCGCUACUGUAAAAAGUAAAAAAAAUAAGUUUCACACCAAAAGAAUAUUAAAUUAAAGUUUACAAAUAUCUCAAAUCACCUACAUUUCAAUUGCACGUGAUAUUAAUGGGGAAAUAAGAUUUUAUAAAUAUUUGUUAUGAGUUAGUCGGUCUGAGACCCUGAUUUAAAAAGGUAAUGUUUUCUAGAUCAAGUAUAUUCAACCAUCAUAUUAAAUUAAUCCACUGAUAACUUAGUGUCCUGAAAUGUUUUAGAAAUUCUGCUCUCCAAAAUGUGCAUAAAGUAAACCUAAAGGAGUAGGUUUUAAGGAAUAUGGCAAUACAAACACUCGAACACGUACCAAACGCCUCUCAAAAAGUGGGGGUAACAGAGAAAAAUUAGUUAUGUAAGUAGUGGGGUUUUCAAGGUAUAUCUUUAAUAAUAUGUGAAGGCUUAGUUCUAAUUUAAAUAAAUUCUUCUGUAUAUUGUGAUUUGUUUAAAAUACCUAUACUGAUUCGUAAUAUCACAAGUCAAUUUAGUAGAUCAUAUUACUGUUAGGCCUUUUUUGAAUUCCCAUUAACAUGCUACGCUUAGUAAAAAUUGUAGGUACAAAAUGUAUUAAAGUAAUUAUUUAAAAUAUUGUGUUUUUAGAAAUUACCGUAGGAGUCUGGUAAAUUUAUCUCAGGAAAAUCGUUCUGUGUUGAUGUUGUCGACAUAAAUUAUACAUACAAUAUAGGUUAUGUAGGUAUAGCAUGUAAAAAAUACCCUGUCCGAUCCUAAGGGACCAAUAUAACUCGAACCGUAACGAAUGUGAUGUGAAAAAUGUGAGAAUUUUGUUCCUCAAUUUCCAAUUCACGUUCCGUUCCUCAAAAAAACUGGAAAAUUGGACAAUAGUGACAAAAUUUAUUUAUAUCUACGAAGCACAUCUUGCAUUCUCACCGGACCGAUUAGACCUUCAAACUGUGGCGCACUGUAAAAGGCCUGAGGCGGGCUCGUGACGUCGCUUCUUGUGAUGCCAUAAACUUUUCUCCGUUUUGGAGCAUUAAGAACCUAAGGAUUUAAUUUAUAGAGCUAAUUCACGAUGCCUAUGCCCUUAACGAUCGGUCAGCGUAUUUUUUACUUACUGCCUCGAAUCGUGAAUGACAAACAUGUGCAUGUUUAUGUACCUACAGCCUGCAAUAACCUUGGCAGAAAAGUCUUCAUGGGUAAUUCUUAUAUACAGAAUGGUAGUUGUGUAUUUUGUUUGCGAAUGUUGUCUACACCAAGUCUUCGUUUUUAUUAUACACCAGAUUUAAAUUGAGGAGGUUGCGCAAAAACAACCAAUUAUGAAAAUUUCAUUAUUAAUUGAACUUAAUCGACCAACUUUGAGAGGCACUUUGUAGGACGAGUUCCUUGCGUGCCCCACAGAGUUAUUAUGUUAACAAGUCCACUUACCAUCAGGUGUGCCAUCCAUUCAUCCGUUGGUCUGAUUUAUUCAAUUACAAUUGUUGGAUUGUAACAUUAUAAUUCCGUUAAUUUGAAAUCAUGAAUAUGUUGUAAAACCAAAUUAUAUUGUUCCGCUAAAUCAUAGCAACCUUUUUUCUAUCUUUUGCGCAACAUCUUAUAGCUAUGGUGAGAUUAGGUAGUUGUAAAUCGAGUUUGCUAUUUAAUAGAUAUUCAAUUCAAUAAAUAUAAUAAAGGUCUUAAAGAUCAUUUGACAAAAUAAUGCUUUAAAUGAAAUAAACGAACAAACUCCUUCACAAUCAGGAAAUAUGAUGAUGUGUAAACCCCUUAAUUUUUAAAAUUAUCGAUAUACAUAAUUAUAUGUAUUUUAUUGCAUACAUCGGUUUCAAUUUGGCAUUCCAUCGUAAUAAAUCUUUUGUCGAUACAGCUUUUCAUCUAACUAAACUAUUCUACCACUAAACAAGUAUAUUAUGUCUUAAAAAAUACAUUUCCUGGCUUGGAGCUGAAUCUUUUUUAAGUGUUACGUUUUCUCCUUUUUGUAGAUUACAUUCCGCAUUCUAGUCUUUUUAGUUAAUUUUUGACGUUCCUAGACUCAUAGGCGAAAUAUUUGUUAGACAUUUUUUUUUGUUGAAUACAUUAAAAACUAUUUCGUGCCUUGGUACAAGGACCGCAAUGGAACUGGGCUCAAUUGCUCUUAAAUUUAAUUAUUGUAAGUUGUAAAUAAAUACUUACAAAACA